AGAAAAAGUACCUCGGUCCCCAGGUGCAAAAAACACGCUUUGUUUUGGGAGCGGCACGGAUUUUGUGAAAAUAGACAAACCUAAAAACUAACGUUUAACUAAUUUUAAUUGAUUGUGAUUAAUCGAAAACUCUUAUUCCAUGGACACAGAGGAGAAUGUGUCCGCGGUCGAAUGUUCGCCACCGCUUAAGCAGUCAGAUGGGACGGAUGAUGCCGGCAGCAGUCAAGCGUUGUCAAAAGAAGCAAGCUCCGGCCACCCGAACGGGAGAUCGUCGGACGAGGAAGAAGAUACUAUCCACAUCUACGCUACGCUGGCGUUCAUCGUCGUCAUCAUCGUAAUUGGUGUGCCCAUGUGGUGGAAAACCACCGAAGUGUACCGUGUCCCGCUGCCGUAUGCUGAGAUCGAGGCGUUAGGUGAGAGCCCCAUCAGGGCCACCAUCAGAGUUGGACUAUUUGUAAAAUCUGCAGAACGCCGAGACGUUCUGUUGUUCGAACUGAGCAAGAAAUUCGAGAAUAAUUUCGUAUUUAAUCUCCAGUUAGAAGAAUUUUUGUUGGACCCAGCCGUUGUGAACUCCGCUAAGACUCCAGCUGCCCUGGAAGCCGCUAUCCUCAAACGAUAUUCCUUUGGCGCGGGUGAUUUUGCGUUGAUUGAAUGGAGCACAUUAAAAGAUGACGUUCUGGUAACUUCCGAACGCUCAGCGUUUAUUUCCGAAAGUGCUACUUCAGUAAAAAUUUAUCAAGUGCUGACAUCAUGGAUACUGCAAGAGUACAAACUUAAGGCUAUUCUUGGAUCAAAAAAUAUGCAGACGAGUAAGGUUCGACAACUGCGCUUGAAUACGGCACCAAUGCAGCCCCAUUACGAUGUGCUGAUUUCUGUUUUCAAUCCACGUCCCGACAAGCAGAAAGUGCACUGGAAUGUGCGACUGGCUGCAGAAAAUUACAUUCAACCUUUCUUGACGGCACUAAGCGGCAUUUCUAAUUUUACCAUCAAAACCCAAUGGAUCUAUGAGGUAGAGAUUCAGCAGUAUCCUCAGAAGCAGAUGCCGGAUCAAACGAAAUUGGGUCGACAUUUCGUGAUACCGGAGCUUGCCUUGCCACAUAUUAUCACUUCGUUCGAAAAGAAGCUUGGCAACCAAAUUACGAACGAUCCCGGUAUCCAUUUGGUUGCGUACGUGCCCCCGUGUGAACAGGCUCCACUCCGUAUCUACCGAAAUGAUGGCCUGCGGGCAACCAUGGCCAACGUAGAAGCAUUUACGUCCGCCAAAUGGGGAGGUAUUGUGUUUGCAAAUCCGGCGGAAGAAGUUAUCAAGCGUUGCUUGGACGAUCCCGAAAACUCCGAGGUAUUCGUUAGCUCGCAAGACGUAAUGCCUGUGCUGUUGUACCAACUCCGUAAGAUAUUCGAUUUGGAAAACAAUAUACCUCUGUUAGACUGUACUAUCGCACCGUAUAACUCUAUCGAACCGCGCUUCUGGGAAGUCGACACCUUUAUCCGGUCGAACACAAUUUACAGGAUACACUCCGCCACUCUGACUCUGCAGUCGCUCAUUCAGCUUCUCGGUGGAAUCGAAUACAUCGUUAUAAACGACGAAGUUGGGGAGGCAAUCAAGGACGCAUACGAUCGAAUUCUGUUGGCAAAAGGGCACUUGCUGGAAAACAACCUACCGAAUGCAGCCGAAGAAGCGAAACUGGCGUACAUUUCGGCCGAGCGUGCCUUUUUCGAUCCGAGCAUGCUGGCACUGCUGUACUUCCCAAGCGAACAGAAAUACGCCAUCUACAUUCCGCUCUUUUUACCCAUUAUGAUCCCGGUGGUUUUCUCCUUCAGUACACUCAGCAAGUUUUGGCGGAAACGCUUCGGCAAGGGUGGCGACAAGCAGAAGGCUGAUUAAACGGAAGGUAGGUUUUUCUUUUAUAAAUAGUACAAUAGGACUGCAGGCGCUAGUGUAUGAACUUCCUAACCCGAACAAGUGUAUUGAACAGAGAACAGAAUAGUGUUUUU